AUGUAUCGACAUGCAGCAACGCUUGUUGCCGUCGCAGCCUUCUGUGUAUGCAGUGUCAGAGGAGCGGCAAUGCCAGAUAUUGACAGCUACAUCUACGGCAUGAACUACAACCGUGAUCAGAUCCUGGCCUACAAGGGAGAAACAACUACUAGCGUUCCAGUAAAGACGGAGGGCAAGUUGGACGGAACCAAGAACUUCAUCGUCAUUACAAGGGAGAAAAAAACUGCGGAGAAUGGAUUUUCUGAUAUUGGAGUUGUGUCUUCCAACGAACACAGAACUUAUCCUGGAUCCUUACUGCUGGCCAACCAGAGACUCAUGGACAACAACCCAGAUGUCUUGGCAGUAGCCCGCGCUCCCUUGACUUAUACCGUAAAUCUGCCAGGAUUGACCAGUGACGGCCACUUUACCAUUGACCCAACCUUCGCCAACUACCAAUCAGCUAAAGAGAAUACCCUGAAAACGUGGUUUGACAAGUAUGGAAAGAACCACAAUGUCGUUUCUAACUUUCAGAGUGACUACAGUUUUGCUUACAGCCAGGAAUACUUGAGAGUCAAAUUCGGUUUGGAGUUCAAGAACACCCAAGUUGAAGCAAGCAUAGAUUUCAGUGCGAUGCAAAACCAAGAAAAGCUCAUCAUGAUUCAUAAGUUCAAACAGAUUUACUACACCGUUAGCGCGGAAGCUCAGAAGAAACCUUCAGAUCUUUUCGCGUCAUCAGUUACAGCCGCAGAACUGAAACAGAAGACCAGCAGCAGCAGUCCUCCAGUGAUAGUGGACAGUGUGUCGUAUGGAAGAACUAUCUACGUCAAGCUAGAGACAUCCUCCACUGAUAAAGAAGCCAAGGCUACACUUUCCACAAAAGCCACUAAAUUUGACCUCAAAGCUGAAGCCGAAACAGAAAUUAGACAAAAACUGAAGGAUCUCAAGAUGCAGGUGUUUGUCCUUGGAGGAAGUACAGAACACAUUGAAUUAAUUAACGCUCAGACCUUCAAAGAUGUUAACAAUGUUCUUGUAAAAUACGCCAAGUUCUCCAAGGACAACCUAGGAUUCCCUAUAUCCUACUCGGCUAACUUCAUCAAGGACAACUCCAGAGCUGUAGUGCAUAUGAGUACAGACUACACUGAAACUACCAGAACUAUAUUCUCCAAGGGAGUACUGAAGAUCUCCCACAAGGGAGGAUUCGUAAUGCAGUGGGCCAUCACUUGGAAGGAGGUGAGCUACGACAAAAACGGAGCCAAGGUAUCCAAGGAAGUCAGCUGGGAAAAGAACUGGAAGGACUUGACUGCUCCCUUUAGUUCAGAGAUCGAGCUCCCUGGAAAUGCCGAGGAUAUCAACGUGUUUGCCAGGGAAGCCACUGGACUAGCCUGGGAGUGGUGGCGCACCGUCGUUGACAAGAAGGGCGUCGCCCUAGUCGGGGAGAGAACAAUCUCAGUCUGGGGCACAACCCUUAGCCCUCAGUACUCGAUAACUCCUAGCGUUUAA